UAAUAAUAAUAGAAAAAUGGCUGCUGCAAGUGUUCCUUGCAUGAACUCAGGAGAUAAAGAAACUAGCUAUGGCUCUUGGUCUUUACCACAAGAAAUGGUACUAUCGAAGGCAAGGCCGAUCCUGGAAGAUACCAUCAAAGACAUGUUCAGCAACGUGUCUUCGACUGAUUGCAUCAAGGUGGCAGACUUGGGUUGCUCCUCAGGACCCAAUACUUUCAUGGCGAUAUCCAUAGUUGUUGACGCCUUCCACGAGAUGUGUCAACAAGCGCAAUUGAAAUCAUCACCUGAGAUUCAAGCGUUUCUAAACGAUCUUCCAGAAAAUGAUUUCAAUAGCGUCUUCAGAUCUGUUGCUAGUUUCACUGACAGGAUCAAGAAAGAGAAGGGAGACAAGUUCGGGCCUUGUUUUGUAACAGGGGUACCAGGUUCCUUUUAUGGAAGGCUCUUUCCGAAUCGGAGUCUGCACCUUGUACAUUCUUCGUAUAGUGUUCACUGGUUAUCAAAGGUACCUGAUGGUAUUGGGAAUAAUAAGGGAUAUGUAUACAUGGCUGAAUCAAGCCCUCCCAACGUAUUCAAAGCUUACUCUAGGCAAUUUAAGGAGGACUUCUCAACAUUUCUAAAAUUGCGGUCCCAAGAGAUGAUUCCAGGAGGGCGCAUGGUGCUUACCUUCAAUGGUAGGAGCAAUCUAUAUCCCUCAAAAGAAGAUGAUGAUUGGAAGCUGCAGCUAGCAAAAUCCCUCUAUGACUUAGUGGCGGAGGGAAUUGUGAAAGAAGCUGAUGCAGAUUCAUUCAACAUCCCUUUGUAUGCACCCUACAAAGGUGAAUUAUGUGAGAUUAUUCAAAAGGAGGGGUCCUUUGAUCUUGACAAGUUGGAAGUUGUUCAAAUCAACUGGGGUCCUAGAGAUGUCUUAACCAAUGAAGAUUUUGAGUUGGACAAGUACCAAUGGGGGCAAAAGACCGCAAACUCUGUUAGAGCCAUUACAGAACCUAUGCUUGCAAGGCAUUUCGGAGAGGAUAUACUUGACAAGUUAUUCAGAGGGCUAGCCAAAUACGAGGCGGAGCAUCCAGGUUAUAAGUUGACGAGUAUUGUUGUUUCAAUGAAAAAGAAGUAGCUACUUCAUAUUAAUUACUCUUUAUUGUAGCAGGUGGCCUCCAUCCUUUGGUUGAAUGGAAAUGCUGAAUUAUCUUCCAAGAAUAAUAAAAAUAA